ACAAAGUUACCAACAUCCACUUCCGGAAUGUCGAGAAACAAAAUAAUGAAGAUGGUUAGAAGAUUCCCUUCCUAGCCCUACGAAAAAGCGCAUCGUCUCUGUAUCUUCGAACGAAGCAUGCUGAUGUUGUGGUGAAUAUAUAUUGUCAUGGUGGAAAAUUCUCCCUCCCCCCUGCCAGAAAGAGCCAUCUACGGCUUUGUUCUGUUCCUUGGCUCACAAUUUGGCUUCUGUUUGUAUUUGGUGUGGGCCUAUGUACCAGAUGAAUGGCUUCAUUCAAUAGGGCUUACUUACUGGCCUCAAAAGUAUUGGGCUGUUGCUGUGCCAAUCUAUCUGCUGGCUGCAGUAGUAGUCUGUAUAGUCAUGUUGUUUGGGGUGAACAUGAUUAACACUGCUCCACUCAGCUCAGUGGACAACAUAACAGAUGUCUAUGCCAGAGGUCAGCGGAUAGAUGAUUGCCAGAAGAGGGCCAUACCCAGAUUAAAGGAUGUUUCCAUCAGUGAAGUGAACAGAAUUUUUUAUUUAUCACCACAAUGACAACCAGAUUCAUCGCAAAGUGAAUACGGGACCAGAAAGUAUGGCAUUACCUCAGUGAGGAUGCUGACUAAGAAAAUUAACAAAUAGAUGAUUGAUGCAGUGUUUUAUAUGCACUGCAGAGAUAAUUGCUUGAUGGAAAAGUGUUUUCUCAUAUGAUCUUUAUUUAGUAUUUGUCAAGAGCUACAGUUUUUCUCCCCCCUAUUGUAAAUGUCUUUCAAAUUAUUUCCUUUUUUUUUAUUGGAAUUUUCAUUUUGUGGUAUAAAUGAUUUGGGCCUGGAUUCACAAGUCGUCUGAAAAAUAAAUCUCAGAAGCUCCUCAAGAAGAGCAUUCCGUAGAAAGUUCUUGGAUGCAAUUUUGUAACAUUUAUCACAAACUUCACACACAUUUUCAUGUUAAUAUGUUCAUUAUCUUCUUGUUUUAAAACCAUGUGAACUGA